UGAUUAUCAAUAAGAUUAAAUGGGUUAAUAGACUUAAAAGUAACAUAAAAAUACAAAUAAUCAAAUAUGAGCAUUCCGGCCAAAGGGCCGGGUUAUAAGCUAGCUGUGAAAGAUAUUGGUAUUAUUUUCUCAUAAUUAAUUUGUGAAUGGAAAAAAUAUAUAUAUUUUGAUGUGAACUCAAUUCUUCCGCAAAUACAAUCAUUCUCUGCAUCAACGUGUUGCACCAAAUUAGGCAUAUUGAAUUCAUCAAUUAUAGAAUCGAGUAUCCCUAGCAAGCAAAAUGAGUUCUUCAGCUAACGAACUAAUGCAAAGCCAACCAACAAAGAGACAAGGAGAAAUCAUUUUCCCGCCAUUAGCUAAAAUCAACACUCGAGACAGAAUCUAGGAAAUCACUUAGACUCAAUAGAGACCAUAGUUUAAUAGCUAGUGGCAUCUAUGGAACAAGUAUUCAACACUCUCUCGAUGCUCCAACACACUGGAAUAAGACAACUCAUUAUUUUUUAGACACCAAAUGGCCUGAAAAUAUCAUUCAAUAAGAUAGCUCGUUCAUUUUGUAGAUACCAUUGAGUGGAUAGCAAGUAAGGAGAAUGUUGUACAUAUAUAGUACCUAUGUCAGCAGUAACCUCCAGUGGAGGAGAAUUAUCACCAUGUCAUGUAUUGACCAUUUCCACAAUUUUAUAUUUCGAGUGAAGCCAACAUCUAUUGAUAUAUAUUUCAUGGUUGGUACGUAAUGGUAUACCAGGUGGAUUCACCAUGUCAAGGUUAUUAACUUCAUUAUAUCGAAGGCUCUUACAAAUCCCAAAUAAUUCUUAUAUAUAUAGAAAUUAGUAGAGCAACUUGUUUUUUUUUAUAAAAAUUCUAGUGGGUGUGACAUUUGCCCACUCGGGAGCCCAAAGGCCAAAGCAGGCCAGCAGCAACAAGUUGGUCAAAAGAAAAACGUAGGUGGUAAAUGAAAAAAAAAAAAAAAAAAGGAGUUUGCUUGCAAAUAUGGACAGCAUACUACUGCCACAGGAGGAGAAGAUAAGAAGGAAUGGAGGGGGGAGAAGCUAGAAAGACGAAAAAUGGAACAAGUGAAUGAACAAACAAAGGAUGAUGAUGAUGGUGAUAUGCAUCAUUUAUCGAGAAUAGAUAGAGACUGGAAUGAUUAGGCGAAAGGGAGUAUAGAAUAGACAUAUACGGGAUAUGUGAUGUCAAUUCAUUCAUAUUAAACUUGUUAUUUGUGAGAAAUUAGAGGGGGAAAAAUACUUUAUAUGAUAUAUAAAAAAAGGAGAGGCGACAGAUUCCGUAACUGCAUUUUAGUUCAGAAUGAAAUUUUGCACUUCAUCAAAGUUUCAUUAGGUGAAAAUAUGAUUUUGGACAAAUUAGAAGAUAAAAAAAAUACGAGCACAUUACGAGACAGAGGGGCCACUCUCAUGGGCUUAUCCGUUCGUAAUCGUAUUGAUGUGUUUGAUGAGCCUUUUUCUUGAGCUUUUGGCUUGUGGCUUUCUCUUUGUUUGUUUUGCAGGUAUAUGGUUUCAGAAUGUCUUCUUUUCUGGGCUUUUGGUGUAAUGGGCUAAUUCAAUUCACCAUAUGUGUCCCUGGCAGAUCCUAACUAGUAGCAGGGAGAGCUUAAGUCGUAGUUUCUUUUCUUAUCUGUGCAAUUUCGACUAUUAGAGCUUAGUGAUUUGUCGAGAAUCAAUGUUUGUUUGAGUGUUUGAGCUCUUUAGUGACAUGGGCCUGUCUUGGUUUUGCAGCGUUGCAGGUGGUGUUGCUCGUAUGGAUUUAGUUGCAUUCACAUUCAGAUCGUGACAAAACUUUCUUGUCUCUUUAUUUUUAGGAACUAACAAAGCUGUCCAUUUAGUGGCAUAAAUGGCUCUUUCUUCGACAGUUCGAUUAGUAUCGACUGACGUUAUUUUUACCCAUUGUAAUCAUAUGUGUCUACUAUUUCAUCUGGCUGUGAUAUAAAAAAAAAGUAUGUUUGUGCAGAUUUUUCAUAUUUGUUUUAGACACGAACUCUAAUUAUUCCAUUGACCUUUUUUCUUAUUCGUUCUAUAAAAGACUAUAAAAGACGGAUGAUAUCUCUGUUUAAAAAUAAUGAAUAAAUAGCUGAAAUUUACCCGAUAUUGGGCCAAUGAACGAGCCCAAUAUAUGAAUUGCAAGUCCAUAAACUUAUUUCCAUCCACUGUGGGAUUUCAGUUUCCUUGUUCAUGUAUUAAACCUACACCGACGAUUUUGCAUACUAGAUGAACUAGGAAACUAACUUUCUACGUUAACCCUGUUGGCAUGCGAAGCUACAGUACUAAAAUCCCUAAAGCCCUGAUUCCCCAUUUAUUUCCUCUUCGCAACAUAAUUCUUGUGCAAGCAAUGGGUCUGCUCAUGAGCAUGAUCUCCGCCGCCGGUACCUUGCUCCGACCACCUUCGUCAUCAAUUGUUCUUACUGACUAUGCAAAGGCAAAAGCGCAGCAGGAUCCAGUUAUGCAGUAUGCACUCGAUACUAAGUUGCCAAGGUACGUAAUUAAGUUGAAUGACAUCUCUCUUUCAAUACAUAUACCAAUAAUGCAUAUCAAUGGAUAUUUCAACUAUGAUAUGAGAAUUAAUUAUAAGUGCGUCUCAUCAUGAAUUAGUCUUGAGGUUUUGUUUGAAGACGUGGAGGGUGGAUCAAGACGCUGGACACGACGUGAUUUUAUACGACUUGUUGGGAAUUUUGGCGUGCCCAAUGAGAUGACUAACUUUUAUGUCGACCGCAUAAACAAGAGAUCGCUCGCGGUUGAUGGACACUUGAAAAAGGUCAUCUUUCGGACCAACUUUGCGGUAAUAAUCCUUUUUCAUACGCUUGUUAAUCGUUGAAGGUGAUUAUUUUUUAUAUAUAUACUUACCCUGUGAUCGAGCACCAUAACCAGAUUCCAUGCGCGCACGUAAUGCAUGCAUGCAGGAAAUCGUGAUUCGAGAAGCUGAUAGGAAGACGGAUUACGGCACUUGCUUGAUUCGAGUAAGGGAGCAUCUGUCAAGCAUUCACUACUUAGCGGAAGGGAAAAUUGAUGCAACCAAAUGCAAGCUUGUAAGUAAAUAACCCUUUUAUAUAUAUAUAUAUAUAUAUAUAUAUAUAUAUAUAUAUAUAUAUAUGCACUACUUUAUCUACAAUUUCUCUUUGUUAACAUAAUAAUUACAUAUUGCAGUGGUGCAUCCCCUUAACAUAUAAGAAGCACGCAUCGGCGAUCGUGGUAAACGUGAAGGAGGGUUGUUUUGAAUAUGUGGACAGUGGACCUGCAGAUAGUAGAAAGACACUUGGGCGAAUGAAGGUGAUGUGCCGCAGAAUCGCGAAGGUCGCAGUUAUGUACAUCAAUUCCACGCUACAAGACGACGACGACGAAAAAAUAGACUCCUCCAAGUUCAACUGGAAAGCCCGGCGAGUCCCUCGCCAGCCUUCCGGCUCCGCGGCCUGUGCAGUUUACAGGCUGCGGUUCCUAGAAGAGUGGAACGGAGGAGGCAGGGAGGAUCUGUGGAGGUUCGACGGUUGGGACGACAAGUCUUGGCAUCAGAAGGAGAGGGUCAAGAUAUGUGCAUCCAUUUUGAACGACCACGACUCCAAUGCUAUUCUUCACCAGGUCAAACAAAGGGCGGCGACGGCGCGCGAGAAAAAUAUAUGCAGAAGAAGAAGAAGGAUGUUUGUUUAUACUAUGACGUCGUUUGGGGCCUUGUACUGUUUUGUUAUUUUUACGAGAUAUUCCAAGAGCUCGGAAUCUGAAUCUCAAAAUCCAUAGUGGAGAAACCAAAAAAAUAUAUAUUACGACUUUUGGGUAUAAGAGAUUCAAACCUCUUGAAUAGUACCUCUUAGAAGGGAGGGAAAGCUUAUGUUAGAGAUUUGGUAUAUAUAUGGGAUAAAACCCAUCAUGAACAUAUAUGGUCUAAUAAUAAAAUAAAAUUAUGGAAAUUGAAAAGUAUCACAUUUGAUUAAAUUGUCAUGUGAAAAUAAAUUGAUCUUAUGAAACUUUUGUGUAAUGCAAAUUGAUAAGAUUGUGAAUGCUUUGGGGUCGUUUGGAUGGAUCAAUCUAGAAAUGAGUCAAUUUUAUCAAUUGUUUCGUUUUAUAAACGAGGCAAUUAAAAACGAGUCAAUUCGAAUUACCUGCCCCCACCCCAGGUAAUUGAAAUUGACUCAAAACGAAUCAAUUUAAAAUAGUUCAGACAGAUUGAUCCAUCCAAAAAAAUUUCUGGCAAACGAGACAAUUUGGCACAAUUGUCUCGAAAUGAGACAAUUAUGACAAAUUAAUCAGUUACAAUUCCUCAUCCAAACGACCCCUAGAUAAUAGUCAUUUUAAUUAAUAGUAAAAGAAUUAAGUUAUGGAAAGUGUCAUGAAAACUUGGAAGUGUCCACGAAGGAUUUUUGUGUAGGAUGCAGUAUAGUGGGUUGCUUGAAAACUUGGAAGUGUCCACCAAGGUUUUGUGUGUAGGAUGCCGUACUACACGCAACUGCUUGAGCCUUGAAGUGUCCAAGCCAAUGCACAAUUGCUUGGAAGUGUCUAGGAAGGUUUUUGUGUGUAGGAUGCGGUAUUGUGGGUGUCGCCACUGAGGAUUACAGCCUUUGUGAAUAGUGACUUGGGAGAAGCGAGAAUUUCAUAUGCAACAGUAGUUCCACUUGCGGAAUAAUAAUAAUAAUAAUAAUAAUAAUAAUAAUAAUAAUAAUAAUAAUAAUAAUAAUAAUAAUAAUGGUGGGUACUUCGGCGCACUCACUUUUUUGGAUGCACUCAGUGCACCCAACUCUAAAAGUGUUCAUAGUACUUCAAAUUUUGAACUUUAAUUAGUACUCUCAAUCUAAUAUCAUGAUAUGACAUAGAAUCAUAACAAAUCAAUCUAUUACCCUAAGCCCUUAACCUUCAAUUUUGAAUCCCAACCCAAAAUCCCAAAUUGUAAACCUACACCCUAACCCUAAAUCCCCAAAUCCUAAAUCCUUCAAAUUAAAGUAAAUUUUGAAUGAUUUUUUUCAAAUUCAUGUGCUUCUUGUUCAUAAUAUCAUAAGCAACAAUUGAUACCGUUUUGACAUGAAUCGCAUGCUCAGAAUGACAAUUAUGAGGCGGGUGCACUGAGUGCAUCCAAAAAAGUGGGUGCACCGAAUACGCCACCAUAUAAUAAUUAUUAUUAUUAUUAUGAUAGUUAUUAUUAGAUGUAUUACGGGAGCGUAAUUGUUAUUAUUUUAAUAUUAUAUACAUUUAUUAGGGAUAGUACAUAUGACUAUAAGUUUCUAUUCGACCAAAUUGGAAAGAAUUGGUCGCUUGGUCGUCAAGUUAGGGGUGUCGAGUAGUUUAGUUUUGUUGCCGAUGAACUUUACCCGCUAUUGGGCCUAUGAACGAGCCCAAUAUAUGAAUCGCAAGUCCGUAAACUUAUUUGUAUAUUGAUUCCAUCCACUGUCAAAGAUUUUGAUAUUAUUUUCCCAUAAUUAAUUUGUGAAUGGAAAAAAAAAAUAUAUUAUGAUGUGAACUCAAUUCUUCCGCAAAUCAAUCUACAAUCAUUCUCUGCAUCAACGUUUUGCACCAAAUUAGGCAUAUUGAGUUCAUCAAUGAUAGAGUCGAGUAGCACUAGCAAGCAAAAUGAGUUCUUCAGCUAACCAACUAAUGCAAGGCCAACAACCAAAGAGAAAAGAGGAAAUCAUUUUCCCCGCCAUUAGCUAGAAUCAACAUUCAGGACAGAAUCUACGAAAUCACUUAGUCUCAAUAGAGACCAUAGUUAAAU